UAGGAUGGCUGGCUGUGGUGAAAUUGAUCACUCAGUAAACAUGCUUCCUACAAACAGGAAAACAAAUGAGUCCUGUUCUAACACUGCACCUUCUCUGACUGUGCCUGAAUGUGCCAUUUGUCUGCAAACCUGUGUUCACCCAGUCAGUCUGCCUUGUAAGCAUGUUUUCUGCUAUCUGUGUGUAAAGGGAGCUUCAUGGCUUGGAAAACGAUGUGCCCUUUGUCGACAAGAAAUUCCUGAGGAUUUCCUUGAUAAGCCAACCUUGUUGUCACCUGAAGAACUCAAGGCAGCAAGUAGAGGAAAUGGAGAAUAUGCAUGGUAUUAUGAAGGAAGAAAUGGGUGGUGGCAGUAUGAUGAGCGCACUAGUAGAGAGCUAGAAGAUGCUUUUUCCAAAGGUAAAAAGAGCACUGAAAUGUUAAUUGCUGGUUUUCUUUAUGUUGCUGAUCUUGAAAAUAUGGUUCAAUAUAGGAGAAAUGAACAUGGACGUCGCAGGAAGAUUAAACGGGAUAUAAUAGAUAUACCAAAGAAGGGAGUAGCUGGACUUAGGCUGGACUGUGACUCUAACACUGUAAACCUAGCGAGAGAGAGCUCUGCCGACGGAGCGGACAGUGUAUCUGCACAGAGUGGAACUUCCGUUCAGCCUCUAGUGUCGUCUUCUGUAAGGCCCCUAACGUCAGUAGAUGGUCAGUUAACAAGCCCUGCAACACCAUCCCCUGAUGCAAGCACUUCUCUGGAAGACUCUUUUGCUCAUUUACAACUCAGUGGAGACAGCAUAGCUGAAAGGAGUCAUAGGGGGGAAGGAGAAGAUCAUGAAUCACCACCUUCAGGCAGGGUACCAGCAACAGAUACCUCCAUUGAAGAAACCGAAUCAGAUGCCAGUAGUGAUAGUGAAGAUGUAUCUGCACUUGCUGCACAGCACUCCUUGACCCAACAGAGACUUUUGGUUCCUAAUGCAAACCAGACAGUAUCUGAUCGAUCAGAUCGAUCUGAGAUUGAUCGAUCAGUAGCAGGAGGUGGAACAGUGAGUGUCAAUGUCAGAUCUAGAAGGCCUGAUGGACAGUGCACAGUAACUGAAGUUUAAGUAAAAGUCUUCAGCCCAUGCUCAAUGUUGAAAUGGUUCUCUGUAAAUUUCUGCCCAUGUAGCAUUAUACUCAUCCCUAGUAGUGCAUUGUGGGGGUGGGAAGGGGUAGGGAAGGAUAGCCCUGUAAUUAAAAUGUCUAACAUGUGUCUGUUGAAAAAUUUAUUUAAUGUAAGGAAUUUGGGUGUUAAUAGUUGAGAGCUGUUUAGGAAUAGCCCAGUUUUCUUGAGCUGUUUAUUUUAUAGUUGUUUAAUUUCUUCAGUUCUUUUGGCCAGUGUAUAUGUAUAUUAUGUGUGCAUUAACAGUCUUCAUCUGGUUCUUGCAUUGAGUCUUAUUUUUCUGCAUGAAUUGACAUAAAAACAUUACUAAAAUUUGGCGCCUAUGAAAUGUUUGGUAUCAGUACGAGGAGGAAGCUUAUUAAUGUGAGAAUAGAUGUGAAUUUGGAAUUUUAAAAUAGAAUAACCAACAUUUUAUACUAGUUUCUGAAAUGGAAAUGUAAAGAAAACAGCUAGUAAGUUUCAGAAACUUCUCUGUAGCACACUUCAUUGUUUUUCCAUAGGCUUUGCUGUCUUGUCCUUGUAGUUUGAGGUUUCCCUUGAUCACAUUUCUUGUUUUGACUACAAAAUUUAUAAUUUAAUAAAUAUUAAGGUUUACCAAAAAUAAGUUGUCUCUUGUUUGGGUCUGGAAAUGGAUGAAAAGAAAGAUUUUGACAUUUUAGUCAAGUUUCUAAAAAAGGUGGUAGUUUGAAUUGGUGCUGUUCAAAUAGUCACCUCAGAAAAAAAAGUUUUGUUUCAUAAUACAGGACAUUUAAGCAUAAUGUACAGGCAAAUGUGUGUGGAAUAAAUAUGUAUGGGAAUAAAA